UCUCUCAUGCACUCUCUCCUAGUAUAAACUCUGUGGUGGCUUUACACUUCAAAACCAGAGAGUUUUUCUUAGUCACGACAGCCUUGAUUCAUCAUUAUAGCUAGUCCCCCCUCUCCCUCUCAGGUUAGAGAUUUGGGAGCUGCCUAAUUAAGAUGGAAAGAGAGGAGGGGGUGGUGGUAAUAGGACGGGCCGAGAUCGAUACCCGAGCGCCAUUCAGGUCGGUAAAAGAAGCAGUUAUGCUCUUUGGUGAGAGAGUUUUAGCCGGGGAAAUCUAUGCCAACAAGCUCAAACAGUUGCAAACCAGAGAGAGUGAACAUGGACAAUACCAAUCCAGAAUUGGAGCUGUAUCAGCCGAGCUUGAGGAGACAAAACAAAGCCUUCAAAAAGCCAAAGAGGAAGCCCAUUUCAUGGGUUCCUGCCUUAACUCACUUAAACAAGAACUUGAACACACAAAGAGAGAGCUACACCACUUGAAGACAAGAGAAUUAGCCCCUAAACAACUGGCAUUUGAUCCCGAGAUUGAAGAGAUCAAGUUCAUAGAAAACGCGAGGGGUGUUGAAGGUAAUACUACACAGAGAGAACAAGGUUUGGAGUACUACUUGGAAAAGAAGAGAUCUGUCAAGUUUGCUAGCCCUCCUUCACUAGCAAAAAUUAUUACCAGCAAAGAUGUUGGUGAACUGAUGCACACAAACUCUAAUUCUUCUAAAAAGAAGCCGAAGAGGAAGCCUCUUAUCCCUUUCAUGGGAGGGUUGUUUUCCAAAAAGAAAGGAGGCCAAGAAGGCCAGUCUCCAGUAGGCCGUAGCCCUUCAAUGGGCAUGUGAUAUCCGUCUGUCCAAAAGUUCGCGUCCCCUGGUCCGAAAUAACCCUCAAGAACAGAAGCGAUAGCAGAGGAGCAGAAGAUAUUGAGAACAGAGUAUCUCGUGCCAGCCAUACGUAUAGGAAGAUUAUGGAGCCAAAAAAUUUGAUGGCGAUGAGCUUGGGAAAAAUACAUUAAGAAAAGUGCACACUUUUCCGGUUCAUAUCUUCUUCUUUUCUUUUUCUUUUUGAUGGUGACAUCGUCUCUCUCAUAUAUUGCUUCCAAUCGAUCUGCAUUUCUGUUUCUUCAUUUUUUGGCUGCACAAUGAGUUCAUAUUUUGAUAUUGGUCAUGGUUGUGGAUUGUAGAUGAGAAGAAGAUUGUGGAUGUUCUCCUUAAUACACAUUAGUUCUUGCCUUUUGCUAA